AUGUCAAGAAUCAAAACCCGCAUCCUCAUCAUAUCAGACACCCACGCAACGGUUCCCCACCCACCACCAUACCCGCAUGAAUUCCAAACCGCCAACCUCGUCACCGCCAUCACCGGCUACAGACAUCCCCUACCAGCGGCAGACCUCGUCCUCCACUGCGGCGACCUCACCAAGCGCAGCACCAUCCUCGAAUACGAAACCACAUUUUCCAUGCUCCGCUCCCUAAACGCACCGCUGAAGCUAGUCAUCGCAGGAAACCACGACCUCUCCCUCGACGACACCUACGCCUCAGACCUCCAGUUCAAGCAGUCCGCCAAAUCAGUCCUCCAAAUCGUACAGGACGCUCAGAAAGACGGAGUCCACUACCUGACAGAGGGCACAUAUGAAUUCACACUGCAAAACGGCGCGGCCAUCAAAGUCUUCGCAAGUCAGUAUACACCCACCUACGGCGGCUGGGCAUUCCAGUACCCGGGCGCCCAUGACUUUGCCAUACCGCGGGGCGUAGACGUCGCCAUGACCCAUGGUCCCCCCUACGGCGUGUUGGACGAGGCAGGUAUUUCGAGGAGGUGGGGCCAGCCGAAUCACGCGGGGUGUGAUUAUCUAUUCAAGGCGGUUGCGGAUGCGAGGCCGCGUAUUCAUUGUUUUGGACAUAUACAUGAGGGAUGGGGCGCGUUUCGAGGUACGUGGCUCGCGAGAGACGCGCCUGGAUAUUCAGUGCCUCUGCCGACCAAGGAAUGUGUCAUGGACGAGGCCACGUCUGGGCCGAUUCAGACGCUGGAUGGGCUGCGGCCAAUAUUUUCGGCAGACACAAUGGGGACGUCCGCAGAGGCGAGACAGCGGUUGGCCGAGUUGAGCGAGCAGCGCGGAUACCAUCUUGAUCUUACGGACGGGUCGACACAUGUCGAACAGGGGAAACAAACCUUAUUUCUUAAUGCUGCGAUUAUGGAUAUUAGAUACCGACCAUCUCAAUUGCCUUGGAUAAUCGAUCUAGAUCUGCCGAGAGCCGAGAACAAGGCGACUCCAAGUACGGGGUAA